GACAGCUCAGCGAAUCCCAAAAAGCGAAAAAAAAAACCCAAGAUGGCGGACCGAGUGGUUUUCCGGAGAAGUUUCAAAUUUAGGAUUUAACAGAUUCAUAGCAAAUAUAGCAGCACAUAUAUCUUGCCCACGUAUCGGAAGUUGAGUUUGGAGCCACGGGGUGUUACCUGAAGUGAAGAUUGAAGACGUGAUAGAAGAUGGACGACUACUGCUAUGCUAAGAUGGCGACGUCCGCUAAAAGAGAACAUGAAAGAGAAUCAGCGCCACCAACUUCCAGCAAAUCACCAACGGAGAUAAAGACGAAAGAUGAAGGGUUUUGAAGAGUUUUCCCACGUGUAAACAUGCCCUGUUGUGCAGCACCGGGCUGCUCCUAUCGAAAUACCUCGGGGAAGCAUAUGCACCGCUUUCCCCGCGACCCAGAAAGGAGAAAAAUAUGGGAAGUGAACGUUGGCCGGGAAGGCUGGAGAGCCAACGACUACAGUAUCUUGUGCGAGGAUCAUUUUGAUGAGACACAAUACGAGCAACGUAGAGUGGACGGCCUAAAGAAGUUGAGAACAAAUGCCGUGCCAACACUGUUUGCAUUUAGCACGAUGAUUGUGCUGCCGACAAGACAUCGGAGGACACACAGAGCGGAUGCAUCGCCUCCCCUGUCAAAGAGGAUACAACUGGAACACGCAUAUUAUCAGCGAUCUCUUCUAGCUGGCACUCGGGAGAAACCAUUUCAUCAUAGUGAAGAUGGCGUCCAGCAGCUAAUUGGUCAUCCAGAAGAACUUCCCUCUCUGCAAGGGGGGGUCUCCACUUUGAAUGAGGAGGUUCCACACCCCCUCUACGUUAAAGAGGAAGAUGAGGAACUCUGGAUCACUCAGGAGGGAGAGUGUCUUCUCGGGCAGGAGGAGGCUGAUCUCACUCAGUUGCCACUGACUAUUGUCUCUGUGAAGACUGAAGAAGAUGAAGGCAAAACAUCAGACUCUUUUCAUUGGUGUCCUUCAGACGUCCAGGAGGUGGUUGAACAUCCAAUAGAACUUCCCCCUCCGCUGUGUGGAGAGAGCUCUACUUUGAAGCAGAAGACUCCACAGCCACCCCACAUUAAAAAGGAAGAGGAGGAACUUUGGAUCACUCAGGAGGGAGAGUGUCUUCUAGGACCACAGGAGGCUGAUCUCACCAAGUUGCCACUGACUGUUGUCUCUGUGAAGAUUGAAGAUGAUGAAGAGAAACCACAAGUAGACAACCUCUUAGCUCCACUAUCAGACAGUGAAUCUGAAGGCGAGGUUGAAGUACCUUUGAGCAGCGAUACAGACUCUGAAGGUGAUAUGAGGACUCACGCUGACAACAAACACUCUAAAAAGAAGAGAGGCAAAAAAUGUUUUAGCUGUUCGGUUUGUGCUAAAAUUUUUACUCACAGGAGCAAUUUGGAUAAACAUAUGAGAACGCACACAGGAGAAAAACCAUUCAAUUGUUCAAUUUGUCCGAAAAGCUUUUCUCUAAAGACUCAUUUGAUUCAACACAUGAGAACACACACAGGAGAAAAACCAUUUAAUUGUUCAGUUUGCGGCAAAGGCUUUACCCAAAAUGGCAGCUUGACUCAACACUUGAGAACGCACACAGGAGAAAAACCAUUUAACUGCGCAGUUUGCGGUACAAGCUUUUUUUCCAGAGCAGGGUUGACUCUACACACAAUGAAACACACGGGGGAAAAAACAUUUAAUUGCUCAGUUUGUGAUAAAAGCUUUACUCACAAGGGCAGUUUGGCUCAACACGUAAGAACACAUACAGGAGAUAAACAAUUCAGUUGCUCAGCGUGUAGUAAAAGCUUUUCUCUCAAAAGGUAUUUGACUCAACACAUGAAAACACACACAGGUAAAAAGCAAUUAAAUUGCUCCGUUUGUGACAAAAGGUUUUCUCAAAAAAGAAAUUUGACUAAACACAUGACAACUCACACAGGAGAAAAGCAAUCAAGUUGCUCAGUUUUUGGUAAAAGUGUUUUUCUCAACACUUAAUGAAAGACACUGAAGAAAAACCCUCCCUAUUCUCUAUGAAAUUGCUGGAUUGCAACCGUUGACCUAAAGGCGGUCCCUUUCCAAGAUGGCGGGGAAACCUUCAAUAUACUUAUUAUUUAUUCACCUUUAGCAGCACAGAUAUAUAAGUGUAUUUUAAAGACUAGAGCUCAAUACACAAACCAAAUAUCCACAAAUAUGUGAAUGUGGUGGAGUGGAUAGAUACUCUCUUAAGAACAAAUACUUUUCUCAGCAUUUAUAAGUAAUGCCAAACUGCACUUUUCAGGCUAUCUAGUUGACCACAAUUGAAGUAACACUCACAGGAAGUAAAAGUACAAAAGGCAUGGAGGUACAUCAUUGCUUUACAUCUGUUUGGGUCCACAAAUUAAGCAUUAAGCCACGAAAGACAAUGUUGGACUUAUUCAUGCAUCCAUAAAUGAUGUAUUUAAUGGAUAUUAAAGGCCUACUGAAAUGAUUUUUUUGUAUUUAAACGGGGAUAGCAGAUCCAUUCUAUGUGUCAUACUUGAUCAUUUCGCGAUAUUGCUAUAUUUUUGCUGAAAGGAUUUAGUAGAAAACAUCGACGAUAAAGUUGCAAUUUUUGGUCGCUGAUAAAAAAAGCCUUGCCUGUACCGGAAGUAGCGUGACGUCAACAGUUGUUUUCAAUGCAGCUAGAGCGUUUCGGACCGAGAAAGCGACGAUUACCCCAUUAAUUUGAGCGAGGAUGAAAGAUUUGUGGAUGAGGAACGUUAGAGUGAAGGACUAGAUGCAGUGCAAGACAUAUCUUUUUUCGCUCUGACCGUAACUUAGGUACAAGCUGGCUCAAUGGAUUCCACACUCUCUCCUUUUUCUAUUGUGGAUCACGGAUUUGUAUUUUAAACCACCUCGGAUACUAUAUCCUCUUGAAAAUGAGAGUCGAGAACGCGAAAUGGACAUUCACAGUGACUUUUAUCUCCACGACAAUACAUCGGCGAAACACUUUAGCUACGGAGCUAACGUGAUAGCAUCGUGCUUAACUGCAUAUAGAA